GCGGGCGGCGGGAGCGCAUGGCAGGUGGCGGGAAGCGGAGGCCGCGCGGCGCGGCGGGACCGGCCGGAGAGCAGAGUGAAAAAAAUGGAGCUGUCAAGAAGAGAAGAUCAAACCAGGCAGAUAUUUCUGAUAGUCUUUGCCAAGAAGCAGAAACAUGCUAUCAGCUUAGACUGCCUGAGGACUUCUACCAGUUUUGGAAGUUUUGUGAGGAGCUAGAUCCUGAGAAACCAAGUGAUGCACUUGUGUCAAGUGUUGGACUUAAGCUGGUUGGACCAUAUGAUGUUCUUGCUGGAAAACACAAAAAAGCAAAAUCAACAGAUGUGAACUUCAAUCUUCAUUGGAGAUUCUUCUAUGAUCCCCCAGAAUUUCAGACUAUACUUGUUGGGGAUAGCAGAACACAGUAUCACAUGGGAUAUUUCAGGGAUGUGCCAGAUGAGCUGCCAGUGUGGGUUGGUGCAAAUGAAGCAAAGAAGGGUUGUGUGAUUUCACAAGUUGGUGAUAAUGUCUUUGCUGCAGUCAAAUUAUUUUUGUCAAAGAAACUUAAGGAAGUGGCUGAUAAAAAGAAAAAUGCUGUUUUGAGAGACAUAGAUGAAAAGCUAACAAGAACAGCAAAAGAACUGGGUUAUUCUCUGGAACAAAAAACCCUGAAGAUGAAACAGAGAGAUAAGAAAGUGGUGACCAAAGCAUUUCAUGGAGCAGGCCUAGUCGUUCCUGUAGACAAAAAUGAUGUUGGAUACAGAGAACUUCCUGAAACAAGUGCUAAUCUUAAAAAAAUUUGUAAGGCCAUUGUUGAUGCUCCGACUGAUGAGGAGAGAGUGAAGGCCUUUGCACCCAUUCAAGAAAUGCUGACCUUUGUUCAGUUUGCUAAUGAUGAAUGUGAUUAUGGAAUGGGGUAUGAGCUGGGCAUGGACCUGUUUUGCUAUGGAUCACAUUACUUCCACAAGACGGUGGGCCAGCUGCUGCCCCUGGCUUACACCCUGCUGAAGAGGAACCUCUUUGCCGAAAUCAUCGAGCAGCACCUGGGCAGCCGGCGGGAGGAGGACCUGGAUCAGCUGGAGCCCUGAGCCGGGCGCGGGGGCUGCAGCUGGGGGUGGCCCUGCGCGCCCGGGGCCGGGCUUGUCCGUGUGUCUGUGGGGCUUUUUGUACUCGGUGGCGGUGUUCCCUCGCUCAGUAAAGGUUUUCUAAGGAA